CACGAAGUUGAGCAGUGUGUAAUAUGCUCAUAACUGGACAGGGUGCUGCAAUUUGAUGUUGGCUUGUGAUGCUGUUUGCAAUAUUCAUGGUCUGCACAGUACCUUCUGCGGGGUAAAGAUGCCAGUCACCACCCCUCAGACACAGAGAAUCAGACACAGAGACAGGAAAACCUGACACUCCUGGAUUUGUGUGAAAAAUUCUCAAAGAAAAUUCUUUCUCUGCCUCCGGCCCCUAAACUCUUUGUGAAUGGGGCCACUGCAACAUGUGGCCUUUCACCCCACCCAAGCACCAUUGCCAGACAGCCACACUCAGAGAAUUGUUUGUUAAUAGUCCAAUUAGAUAAUUGCCAUCUUUCACUCCUUUUGCUCUACAUUUCCCAUAAAGGAAUGAAUAAGGAGAGCAGCAUGACGAGGGCUUCUGCCCUGCAAGGUGACAAGAAGGGCUGGAGCAUGCUCUUUGCACAAGGCCAUUUGCUUGAAUUGAAUCAUUGUAGCCUAAUCAAUGGUCUUAUUGGAUUACUGGCUGUUGCGGUUCUCAAAGAUAUUGUAGCAGAGACAAUGAAAUAGCCAGGGUAAAACUUUUUUUACCCUUUAGUAGACACGCAGUGGAGAUUUUUCACGGGCUAUCUCUCUCUCUCCCUCUCUCCCCUCCUGGAUCUAUCUGAACACAAAGCUGGCUUUUUUUUUUUCUUCAAUGAGCAGGCUCUACCAAUUGGUUCAGUGUUUGUGAAGGUGCAGAAUUAGCACACACACACACACACACAGCAAGCCUCUGAACUGAAUUAAGGAGAGGUAGGAGUUUAAGAUGGCUGUCUGUGGAGAGAUGUGUUCAGGAGGAUUUCUGCUGAGCUGAUCCUCGGCUUCCUUGGACAAACCCACUCCAGGGGAAAACUUUUUUGUGUGCAGUGGUUGGUUUGUUUCGUUUAGACUCCAGGCUGCUUUUCUGCAACUGCAUAUUUCCAGCCUUUCCUAGCAGCUUUAUUCAGAUUUAUUUGGCGUGUCUUGGAUAAAGCCACUGUAUAAUCUGGAGGGUCAAAGGCAGACUGAAGAAAGUUAAUAAUGGCUGCUAAUGGUGCUAACAAUUCAGGGUGAAUCUUGUCAAAAGUUUUUUUUUUCCGCCCCCCUUUCUGGAAGUCUCAGCCUUUUGAUUGUGAGUUUCCUGAAAGCAAGACCAAUCAUUUCAGUUUAUUCACUGGCUAAACUCUACUUGAUUGGGGACAAGCACACAAACCAUCCAUUACGAUCUGAUAUAUUAUCCAAACAAUUUAGUGUAUUCAUGAGGUAACCUAAAUGUGGAGGCUGCAAAAUUACCCCUAAUCAAUUGAAACAGCGAGUGCGCGUCCCUCUGUGUGUGUAACAACUACAUGUCUCUGUAAUAAGGCAGACAUUAAAUCAUUUUGGAGUUGUACUGUUGAGUACCUGAUCACUGGGGCUCAGGGAAGCUGGACAGUCACAUUAGGACGUAGGGAUCGAGGAAGAAGCAAGCUGCCUUUCUGUUGGGAUCAAAGCCGACCUUCCUUGCGAGAGGUGCUUUUCCAGAUCCCCACCCAUCUGACCGCAGGCUGUGCAAUAGCCAACCUAGACUUUCUUUUCUUUUCUUCUUUUCUUUGUUUUAUUGCACUACAUGUUUGGGAAACAAGACAAAAUGGACGUUAGAUGCAAUUCGGAGGCUGAAGCGAACCGGGUCUCGAAGAACGGACAUAAAGAGGGCAAGGAAAGCAAAGGGUCUGAAGGAAAUAUUUCUACUUCUUUUUUGAAGGAUCAGCAGGGGACUUAUUCUGCUUCGGCCGUUUCGGAAGAUGGUAAUAAAAGUAAAUCUAGUUCUGCAGACCCGGACUAUUGCAGGAGGAUCCUAGUUAGAGAUGCCAAAGGUUCAAUAAGAGAGAUUAUUCUGCCUAAAGGACUUGAUCUGGACCGCCCCAAACGGACCCGAACGUCUUUCACCGCGGAGCAGCUGUACCGGCUGGAGAUGGAGUUCCAGAGGUGCCAAUACGUGGUGGGACGGGAAAGGACCGAACUGGCCCGGCAGCUCAAUCUUUCGGAAACUCAGGUAAAGGUCUGGUUCCAGAACAGGCGCACGAAACAGAAAAAGGACCAAGGCAAAGACUCGGAGCUGAGGUCCGUGGUGUCGGAGACCGCCGCCACCUGCAGCGUCCUCCGGCUCCUGGAGCAAGGCCGGCUGCUCUCCCCGCCGGGACUGCCCGGCCUCCUGCCCCCCUGCGCCACCGGCGCCUUGGGCUCCGCGCUGCGGGCCCCCAGCCUCACCAUCGGCACCACGGGCACCACCAGCUCAGGGCCCGCGGGCGGCUCCCCGCACCCGCCAGCGGUGAGCAGCGCGGCUGGGCCCCUCCAGGCUGCGGGACUCCACGCCUCGCCCAGCGCCGGCCAUAACCUCUUCAGCCUGCCGGUGCCCACCCUCCUGGGCUCGGUGGCCGGCCGGCUGUCCUCUAAUCCUUUGACAAUGGCCGGAUCUCUGGCAGGAAACUUGCAGGAACUAUCAGCCAGGUACCUGAGCUCUUCCGCCUUCGAGCCCUACUCCAGGACCAGCAAUAAAGAAGGCGCUGAGAAAAAAGCCCUGGACUGACUCUGAGUAACUCUAUGUAUUUAUAUUUAUAGUAUCUAUUUGUGGCGAUAUUUAUGGAAUAAUGACACGUUAGCAUCUCAUCAGCCCUCCCUUCAUUCCCCCCUCCGCACACUCUCCUGCCCCCCCCCCCCCCGCCCGGACCAUGCUUCCCUAGCCAGACUUAUUUCCGAAUGCAACAAGGAACGAAACUAUGUUUAGAGGCGAAAUCAUGAAGUGGACAAACACCUCGCCCGUGUAGCCGCUAAAUAAACGGAUUCCGGACCACACAGCCGGGAAGCCAUCACUGUUAAUGAUGGAGACCCCUUUAUUUUAGCGUG